AUUCAAGGAAGCGAUUGAAUUUCAAAUUCUGAUUUUAAUGUACGAAUAUUUCCCGAAUAAUUCUGUUUGCGAUAACCAUAUCCAUAGGAAGCGUAUUAUGGCAGAGAAAUUGUUUCGUGAGGAACUCCGGUCCUAUCACCUGCUAACAGCAUUUAGUGGGGCAUAAUUUGGAUUAGUAUAAGACAUUACGAAAAACGAUUACUUCCCAGUAUGUGGCAAAUCAAGAUGAGAUUCCUACUUGACCAUAUAUUUGUCAGCUUGAGUAUCAUCAGUUUCUGCUUCGCAUAUGAUAGCUCAGAUAGUGGUGCACAGAUUCUGAAUCAAGACUUUGAGCGAGCUGAAAACGGAGACUAUAAAUUCAGCUUUGAAACUAGCAAUGGCAUAUCACAAGAAGAAACUGCUGAGACUCAUUACGAAGGGACAGAAGAUCAGUUCUUAAAAGUUACUGGGUCAUACUCGUACACUGGACCUGAUGGUGUAGUGUACACCGUGAGGUAUACUGCAGAUGAUCAGGGAUUUCAUCCUGAAGGAGACCAUAUAAAGGUUCCACCUUUUGUACCGUGGGUACACCACCGCCACGAGGAGCAAAAUCAGGAAGUAAAUCCGCAAGGAAGUAACGAAGGGUAUGCUGCUGCCCCGUAUGAAGCUGCCGGAUCUAUUCCUGAGGGAGAGAGGCUGGAUCUACCACAAACGACCGUCAGUUCGGUUAGUCAGUAUCUGCCGCCAAAUAAAUGA